CAGGCGUCUGGGGUGUGCGGGUUGGCCAUGGGACGCACGCAUUCUGUGGGUAACUUUGUCACGGUCCGUAAGGCCGGAGGACGAGCGCCGGGUGGCGGAUGAGGACUGGGAGGACGCGUGGCGUGGCCUCUUGCCCCGCGAAACCUGAGGCGCGGAUGCCGAGUUCUCAGCCGUGAAGCGACGAGCGGUCGGCCAUUUGGCCCUGCCCACCCGCAGUCGCUCUGGUCUUUGAGAGCUUGAGGUGCCUCCUAGGUGCAAAGUUUGCCAGUCGGGGGUCCAGGACUGAAGGGUAGAUAUGGCUAGCAUCACCCAGCUGCUCGAUGACCUCUGCGAGGCUCUCUUACCUGUUGUCCAGGCUCGCCCUGGCCAGCGCAGCCUGAACAGGAAGAGGGCAAAGCUGAGCCUUAAGAGGGUAGCCUACGAUACCCUCUUCGCAAAUCUCUUUCAAGAGGAGUCUCUCCAGCGGCAGCCUGACUCGUCGAAGCUCCCAGUGAAAAACAAGGUCCUCAUGCUGUCCUUCGAUUUGAGGGUGGGCGGCUUGGGGCCAGAGGCCGACCGUUUGGAGGAGCUUGUGGAGAAGCUGGAGGCAGCCCCUGACUGUCCUUUUGUGGAAGUGGAGUCAGUGUUAGACCUCCUGGUUCAGCUGGCAGGGAGCGGCCCCCCUCAAGUACUGCGGAGAAAACGGGAUUACUUCUUUAACAACAAGCACGCGGGCAGAAACAUACCUUACAGCGGCUACGAUUGCUAUGACCUGAGUGUGUUGGAAAUGGACGUUCAGUCACUUAUUUCUGGGGAGGAGUAUUUGUGUCAUAACAUGGUCCAGGAAGCACUUCAGGUGAUGGAGGCUGCCCCAGGCACUGGCCUGCCCACUGUUGGGCUCUUCUCAAUUGGUGACUCCUGUGGUGACAGGUUUGAGAGAGACACCCGGGUCUCACUCUUUGGUGCACUUGUGCACAGCCGCACGUAUGACAUGGAUGUGCGACUGGACCUGCCCCCUGUGCCGGACAGCGCGGACUUCUCUGGACUGGCCAUUAAGGUCCCACAAGUUGUGGAUCAGUGGGAAGAUGAAGGGUUCCAAUCAGCUUCCAAUCUAACUCCUGACUCCCAGUCUGAACCAAGCAUGACUCCAGAUUUGGACCUGUGGGAAGCUGUGCUCACAUAUGAAGCCAGCAAGCGGAGGUGCUGGGAGCGCAUUGGAUGGCCCCCUGGUCACCGAGAGGAGCCCUACCUCACUGAGGCAGGGAGGGAUGCCUUUGACAGAUUCUGUAGGCUCUGUCAUAGAGAACUACAGGCCCUCAGUGGGGGCCUACUACAGGCUCCCAAGCCUGUGCUUGUGGAGGAAAGCGAGCUGGUGAAAGACUCACUGAACGUUCUGCUGGGUGUUGUGUCUGCUACAUUUUCCCUUUGUCAGGCAACUCAAGCCUUUGUGGUGGAGCUGGGUGUCCAUGUCUCAGGUGCAUCUCCUGAGAGUAUCAGCAGCAUCCUUUCAGAGGUGGCGGAGUAUGGAACCUACUACACACGCCUGAGCCACUUCUCUCUGCAGCCUGUCGUGGGCUCCGUGUGUAGCAGGGGCCUUGUGUUCCAGGCCUUCACCAGUGGCCUUAGGAGGUACUUGCAGUAUUACCGGGCCUGUGUUCUCUCCACUCCACCUACCCUGAGUCUCCUUACCAUUGGCUUUCUCUUCAAGAAACUGGGCCGGCAGCUCAGGUACUUGGCUGAGCUUUGUGGUGUUGGCACUGUAUCCUUGGCAACCAGUGGAGAACCCAGAGCUGUGUUCCCUACCGGAGUGAAGCUCCUGUCCUACCUCUACCAGGAGGCACUGGAUAACUGUAGUAAUGAGCACUAUCCUGUGCUGCUGUCUCUGCUGAAGACCAGCUGUGAGCCCUACACACGGUUCAUCCACGAUUGGGUGUACAGUGGAGUCUUCAGAGAUGUUUAUGGGGAGUUCAUGAUCCAAGUUAACCAUGAGUACCUCAGCUUCAGAGACAAAUUUUACUGGACCCAUGGCUACGUGCUUAUUUCCAAGGAGGUGGAGGACUGUGUUCCUGUGUUCUUGAAACACAUUGCCCAUGAUGUGUAUGUCUGUGGGAAGACCAUCAACCUACUGAAGCUCUGCUGUCCCCGGCACUACCUUUGUUGGUCUGAUGUCCCUGUCCCUCGGAUCUCAGUUAUUUUCUCUCUUGAGGAGUUGAAGGAGAUUGAGAAGGACUGUGCUGUCUAUGUUGGGCGGAUGGAGAGAGUUGCACGUCAUAGCUCCAUCAGCAAGGAGGAAAAGGAAUUGCGUAUGGAAAUUGCAAAACAAGAACUAAUUGUCCAUGCCCGGGAAGCAGCAUCCAGGGUCCUGAGUGAGCUAAGUGAGCGGCAGAUGUCAGAACAGAUGGCUCUGGACACCCGGAAGCGAGAGCAGUUUCAGCGGCUGAAGGAACAGUUUGUGAAGGAUCAGGAGCGACGCCUGGCAGCCAGACAAGAGGAGCUAGAAGAUGACUUCAGCUAUGCCCGUGAGCUCCGAGACCGUGAGAAGAGGCUAAAGGCUCUGGAGGAAGAGCUGGAGAGGAAGGCCAGGCAGGCGCUGGUUGACCAUUAUAGCAAGUUGUCUGCAGAGGCAGCUCGUCGAGAGCAGAAGGCUCUAUGGAGAAUCCAGAGGCGCCGGCUAGAAAAUGCCCGGCUUCGUUUUCUCCUAGAAGAUGAGAAGUGCAUUCAGGAGAUGCUGAGAAACAUGGAGGCUCACCAGCCCCAGGAGCCAGUGAGUGUGUUCCCAACCACAUGCGCUCAGGUCACAUCUCCAGGCCCUGAGCAUGCAGAGGAAGGCCAUAGCUGUGAUCUGGGGUCUACAGAGCUGCGUUGGGAUUGUCAAAGCCCAAGUGCAUCAGCACCAUCAGCCCUUAAGUCUGCCGCAGAGGGAGUGGAUGGCUCUGAGGCUGGACAGGCAGAGGGAGCUGGGCCAUUCUCGACUGGUCUCAGCAUCACCGACUUUCUGCCCAUGGGCCCUGGGGCUGAGCAGCCUAUGAAUAGCAUUGAAGCUCCCUUCUUAGAGGUGGCACUGCAGACCAUCUGCUCAGACCUAUCCCCUGUACCUCCUGGGCCAGCACUCACAGAAGCUGCC